AUGUUUAAUACUAGUUUUGAAGACUACUGUGACUUCAAUGACAGCAUCUGCAGCAAUGAUUCCGGCAUUGAAAAGUCCUUCACAGACUCCCUCGCUACACCAACUUCGGUGAACAGUACUCCAGUGAAACAAGAUAUUGGCACGCAUUUCGUACGUACCAAGUCGCAAGUAAGAAGGAAAUUAUUUUCUGAUGACUAUGAAUUUCCAUUUGAAGAUCCAUUGGAUAUUAAAACAUUUAAGGAUAACUUUCAAGCAACUGACAAUACUUCAACUCCUAUUAAGCCCAAGAAAAAAGAAGCCAAAGAUCCAAAUAAACCAAAAAGAAAAUAUGCUAAUGGUAAGAACAGAGUGACAAGGUGCAAAAGUCCGACACAGAUUUUGAGGAUUAAAAGAAAUAGAAGAAUGAAAGCUAACGAUAGAGAGAGGAAUAGGAUGCACAUGUUGAAUGAGGCUCUAGACAGAUUGAGAUGUGUUUUGCCCACUUUUCCGGAAGAUACAAAAUUAACUAAAAUUGAGACGUUAAGAUUCGCCCACAAUUAUAUUUUUGCUCUGAGCCAAACUUUAGAGUCAUUAGAUAACAUUAAUUCUGGUUCAACGCCAUCUUUAAAUUAUGAGAAAAUUCAGAAUUAUUCUAUAGCAGGAGAAAAAAUAACAAAGGAUGCCUUCAGGGAUAUGUUUUUAGUUCCAAAUAAAACUGAAGAAUAUAACAGUGAUGGAAGCUACCGAAAUUUUCAAGGAUUCAGUAGACCUUUCCCUAAUGGAUCUAAUUUUAUGCAGACCUCAGAGGGAGUAUUAAUCAACGUUGGAAAUGUGACCGUUUCAGUCAAUAAUAAAGGUGGUAAUUGCAUUACUUCGACAACUGGAACUGGAUUUUUCACAAAUACAUCUAGUUUUGGAGAAGAAUUCAUUCAGCAAAAUCCCUAUAAUCCAAGACCUCUUCCAAUAGAAGGAAACUACAGCGAUAUGUACCCAAUAAAUCAGAACAAUUCAGAAGAAUAUUUUAAUCAAAAAAAUUAUGAAAUAUUUAAAAACGCAUUUGAAAAUGCAAAGAAUAGAAGAACUUCUAAGACUGACGAGUAUACAAAUAAUUAUGACAGUUAUUCAAAUAAUUUUCAUUAUAAUGAAAGGCAUUACUAUAGUUGUGAUAACUUUUAUCAGAAUAAUUCUUAUUAUAAUGAUCAAAGGUGUUAUAGAAACUUUUACAAUAGAGUACCUAGCGUUGUAAAUGCUCAAAUUUAA